AACAACUAUUGAAAUUUGUAUUAGAAAUUUUUGUGGUGUGGAUUAAUUUUGGUUGGCAGAUAAUUUUUUAUACCAAAUAAUUAAUACAAUAAAGAUAACAAUGUCCACAGUGAUAGUUUGGUAGUUCAAUAUAUCCUGUUUAAUACGCGGCAACGUCUAUUAUAGAACGGAGUGAUGCGUGCGCCUGCUGGUGCGGUGAUCGGCGCUGUUACGCGCUGGUCUGAGGUGCCCCACGCUCCCCUAACCGACUAUACUGGCAAGGCAGCACCAUUACACGCCUACCCUGUGUUCGCCUACGAUGACGCUAUUAACAACCGAUUUGCUAUUUGGCAAGGUGACAUCGCGACCCUGGAAGUUGACGUUAUAACGAAUACAAGCGACGAAACUCUGACGGAAUGUAACGCAGUCAGCGAACGGAUUAUGUCCAUGGCUGGACCUGAUCUUAAAGAGGAGAUCAUCACUAGGGCUCAUGAGUGCCGCACUGGUGAGGCGGUGGUGACCGGGGGAUACUCCCUCCGCAGCCGCCACGUGGUGCACACGGUCAGCCCCAAGUACCUGGCCAAGUACCACAGCGCUGCCGAGAACUCGCUUCAUAAUUGCUACAAGAACGUGUUGCACGCGGCAGGGGAGUUGGGUGCGCGUUCGUUGGCCUUGUGCGUCGUGAACACGCCGAGGAGGAACUUCCCGCCAGAUGUCGCUGCUCAUGUCGCUUUGCGAACAAUAAGACGGUAUCUCGAACAGAACGAAACUCCGCACCUGGUGAUCCUAACCAGCAACUGCGGGGCGGAGCUCGCCCCGUUUACGGCCCUCGCGGGGCUCUACUUCCCCAGGAGUGCCCUCGAAGCGGAGGCCGCGAGGUGGGCCGUCCAGCCUGGAGGCGCUGCUGGGGAACCAGUUCAUCCUGAGAGGCGGAUUCGCAUCAUACACAACCCUCACUCGCACACCACGCUCGCUGAUGACGACACGACAUGCGACGAAGAAAUGGCGGCGGAAGCGGCGGCAGCGUUUGCAAGAGCGUGUUCGCCAGACACACAGAGGCUGCUACCCUCUCCAGUGAACUCCGCCCAACCCAGACGACACGUGCAUGAUGCUGACCAAUAUGAACGCCUGUUACGGCGAGCGCGCAGCGAAGACUUGAGCGAAGUAUCCGGCAUCGGGUGUCUCUAUCAGAGUGGUGUGGAUCGUCUCGGCCGGCCCGUCGUCAUCUUCAUUGGAAAAUGGUUUCCCAUCGCGGAUAUUGACUUGGACAAGGCACUGCUGUACCUGAUAAAACUGAUGGACCCAAUAGUCCGCGGCGACUACGUGAUUGCUUACUUCCACACGCUGGCUUCGUCCGCCAACCAUCCGCCCUUCUCAUGGCUCAAGGAGGUCUACACGGUGCUGCCUUACAAAUAUAAGAAGAAUCUGAAAGCAUUCUAUAUCGUGCAUCCCACGUUUUGGACAAAAAUGAUGACGUGGUGGUUCACGACAUUCAUGGCUCCGGCCAUCAAGGCCAAGGUGCACAAUCUCCCCGGAGUGGAGUACCUGUACAGCGUCAUGCAGCCGCAUCAGCUCGAGGUGCCUGCCUUCGUCACGGAAUACGACAUGACGAUAAACGGCAUGCACUACUUCCAACCUGAAACGAAUAACACGUAACUCUGUGGAUUAAGUGACGUCACACUGACCAAAAUAUUUCUGACUCAAGCUCUGUCUGUAGCUAUUUGUAUUAUCUGUGAUGAUGCAAUGACGUCAUCACUGACUUUUAAAUCUAUUCUUAACUGAACUUUUAAUUUCGAAGGAAAAUAUGACUGGAUGAAAGCCUACCACAUUUUAAUUUCCAAUAUUAUUUUUACGAAUUGGCACAUUUUAAAUUUAAAGGGGGUUGUUCAAGUAUUACAUAAGCAGAUUUACUGCAAUUUAUCCCCCCCUCCCUCUUCUUCUUCCUCCUCUUCCUUUAAUCCUCGAAAAUUAUAGAAAGAGAAUUUGAUUUAGAAGCAUAGACAAUGUAUGGGCAAUGUGUAAACAAUAAGGAAAUCCAAAAUGCCCCCUCCCUCCUAUACUGCUUAUGUCAUACUUUAACGGCCCUGAUUUAAUAAAUGCAUUAUAAUUUUUUUUAUUAUUAGUAAUCAGUAUUUCAAUGUUUCCAAAAAUAUAUAAAAAAAACUUUUGUAUUUAUAUUAAAGAACACACUGCCAUAUUAUGUUAGAGAUUUUGAGAACUAGAAAUUUGGUCAGUAGAAUUGAGAUUUAUAAAAAGCCUGUUUAAGAUUUUUUUUAAUUGUGCCAGGCUAACACAUUUGCAAAAUUUAUUCAUGCAUGACAUAUGGCCUAUAAAUCCAUUAUUCCAUGUUAAUAAUUAAUUUGUAGUAUUUUUUAGGAUAUAGUAUAAGUGGUGCAUUUUAUAUGUUAAGCAGAAAUAAAUUAUCAUGUUUAAGUCAUAAGGACUACAACGCUAAGACUUUAUUAAACAUAUAUGAGAUGACCCUCAGUAUUGAAAGAGUUUUGGGAAAAUUUCCGAAAAAGGUUUUAUUAAAAUGUGUUACCAUGUCAUAAUAUCAAACAUUAAAUAUUUUAUCGAACUGAGCAAUAAACUUGUUGAUAAGAUAUUUUUUUCAUAAGGUGCUGAUAUAAAUUUUAUUUUUACAAUGAGAAUGAGUGAUUUUAGUAAAUCAAAAUUAGUUGUAUCAUAAUAAUCUUUAAUACUGUUAUUCCUUCAUUUAUUUUUAACAUUCUAAUAUAAUUUAUCUUUUGAUGCACUAAAACUUUUACAAUACUAACAUUCCUUUAAUUAAAAAACCUAAUUGUUUCCUCUUAAAAAUGUUACAUAUUUUUAUAUCCAUCUGACCUUAUAGUGGAAAACAUUUUCGAAUAGCUGUUUAUAUUAACAAUAUGUGCCACAGUUUCUAUAUUAAUUCUAUAGCUAUCAAUAUUUUUGCUAAUUCUGAAAUUCCACUUUAGAUAUGGAGACCAAUUUAUGUAUUUGUUUGUUGUUUCGGUGAAUGAGAAUUUAUAUUGUGUGUUAAUUAGUAAGUUUUUAAUGGCCUUAGAUGUGUGUUAAGAGCUUUGUGAAGUGUUGUUACAAUGUAUAAAUUCAAGCGCUUCAUGUUUAUAUCAAGAAUAUUAUAUGACAUUGGUCGGUCAAAGGUAAAAGCUACUCAACAUUGUUGUCACCAUUCACAAGUAAAAAAUUGUGGUUUUUAAGUAGCUGCCAGAUUUGAAUUGUCUUUGACUAUUCAGGUAAAUUGUGUCAAGUCAAAAUGUUAAAUUUUUUAAUCAAUAAUAGAGCAAGCAUGUUGUGUAAAUGCUAAUUGCUAAUGUAUAAGAUAACAAUGUGAUCAAGAUUGGUUAAGUUUAAUAUUUUAUAAUUCUAGUGUUGAAUAGAACUUGUAAAUAUUUGACAAACACAAAAUUAAAUUGUUAAUUUACUA